UCUUGUACAAGCCUGAUGCUUGCGUCUGGCAAGCUGACUGAGGAGGAGCGAACACAAGUUCUCCAACCACUGUUGGAGAAAGGCUGGAAAGUUACAGAGAAUCGAGAUGCCAUUGCUAAGGAUUUUAUAUUUAACAAUUUCAAUGAGGCAUUUGGUUUCAUGACUCGUGUUGCACUCUUGGCAGAGAAGAUGGAUCAUCAUCCUGAAUGGUUUAAUGUCUACAAUAAAGUAAAAGUUACACUGGCAUCUCACGACGUUAAUGGUGUCAGCCAUCGUGAUAUAAAAAUGGCAGACUUCAUGGAGAAAGUAGCUGGUACAGUGAAGUCGUAGGCAAUGUCUUACUGAAGCUGCAUCUAUAGAAUAUGAAAUCUUCAUGCUUUUUAAUAAACAACUAUAAAUAAAUGUUCUUUUCUGCUUA